AUGAACAACGACAAGCAAACAACGACGAAACCAAAGAGUCUCGACGGCUCAAGUCGAAUGCCAAACAGGCCUCAGGGUCCUGGAAUCGAGGCGAUACACGUCAACGCAGCACGACAAAUGGUUCAGCUUCAUACACGAGGCCGAAAUCCACCCUUGCAACAGUUGCCCCAAUCAAGAAACCCAAUGCAGCAGCAGCUUGACUCUACACGUGGCAAGUCGUUGGGGAAUUUACCACCUUCAAAUUCUAGUUCUACGGCAACCAUUACACCUGCAUCGUCGUCUGCAUCGUCUACAUCAUCGGUGUUUCCAAAACCACGCAUUAGUAUUCCAGCAAGGACACGCCAUGAAGAAUGCAAGAACCCGCAGUGUCCUCACUGUGGCUCGAUAAUCAUCCCAUCGCCGCAAUCGUCUUUGCCGGUGCAGGACCAGCCCAGUCUCAAGGUGAACAAUUGGGAGAUUUACACUGUGAAGAAGCCGAUUUUGUCGAGUGCUGAGUUGGAUUACUUGGGGGAUCAUGAGUUUGAGUUUCCUUUGCCUGAGAUGAUCUUCGGGAAUAAUGUUGUGCGGGUCAAGUAUAAUCGUCUUGAAGAGGAGGAAGUAGGAGAUAAAGGUGGUGAUGAUGGGAGGGGGACGGAGACAAAAGGUGGAGCUGGAAUCAAGGAUGAUAGCGAGAUCUGGUUCAACGCCGUGGAUGCGUUAAAAACCCUUGAUGACGAGUGCCAUUUGAAAGUGAGUUAUCAUGAAGAAUGGCUAGAGCUGCGUCAAAAAAAGAGCAAGCUGAGGAAACAACAAGUUGAGAAACGCGGCGGUGACGCUGUUCCUUCAACGGACACGGGGGCCACUGCCGAGGAAUUGAUCAAUUCCGAUGGCAUUAAGCCCUACGACUGGACCUAUUCCACCAACUACAAGGGACGAUCGAAAAAUUUCAAAUUCAUCAGCGGCGAAAAGGGAGAGUCAGGUGAAGAUGUCGAGAUCCCCAUUGCUCGACUCACUCAACCCGACCCCAUUUUGUUCUUUGAUGAGAUGAUCUUGUUUGAAGACGAGUUGGCAGAUAACGGGAUAAGCAUGCUUUCCAUCAAGAUCAGAGUCAUGCCCACGUGUCUCCUUAUCCUCUGCCGGUUCUUUCUACGGAUUGAUAAUGUCAUAUUCAGAAUCAGAGACUGCCGGGUUUUCAUUGACUUGGAUAGGGAUGAGAUCAUCCGAGAGUACAAGUUGCAGGAAUGCGAUUAUGAUAAAGUUUUGAGAAUACUGAUGGGAACCGGAGCUGGCGCAGGGAAUGAUCCCAAGAAACUAUUACGGGACCAGAACUGGGUAAGUUUGAACAUUCCCGUGAUUGAGCGUAGCAUUGAAAAGUGCACUUUAUAG